UCCAAUAACUUUGGAAUAUCAUUCGCCGACGCUGUCGCUACCUUCGGACCAGCACCCGCACGAUCUUGGACACCUGAGAUCAAUAUUCGCAAAGUAGAAAAAGGACUUUUGGAUAUAUCCGCAAGACAACAGAAGCAGCAGAAGAAACCAAAAAAAACACCACCAAAAUGCCUUCCUUCAGCAAGAUCGCGACCCUCGUGGCUGGCUUCGCCGCCGCCGUCUCUGCCGCCCCGGCUGCUCCCCAGCUCACGGCCCGCCAGACCAAGAUGUACGAGAUGGCCAAGCGCCAGAACGCCGGUGCUGCCGCCCUCGGCAUCUCUGACGUCGACAUUGCCCAGUUCGCCUUGACUCUGGAGUGGCUCGAGAACGAGUUCUACAGACAGGGUUUCCUCAAGUUUGGCGACGACGCCUUCCGCGCGCUCGGCCUCAACGACCAGCAGCUCUCCGACCUCAAGUCGAUUGGCAAGUCGGAGGAGACGCACGUCGUGACCCUGACGUCGGCCAUUGCUGCCGCCGGUGUCCAGCCCGUCCAGCCCUGCACGUACAACUUUGGCUUCACCGACGCGGCCGGCAUGGUCGCCACUGCCGCGGUGCUCGAGAGCGUCGGUGUCUCUGCCUACCUCGGCGCGGCGACGCUCAUCUUCGACCCCAAGAUCCUCGCCCUCGCGGGCUCUAUCUUGACCGUCGAGGCGCGCCACCAGUCUUUCAUCCGCGCCGCCUCGGGUAUCGUCGCCAGCCCGUCGCCCUUUGACACCCCACUGGGCCCCAAGGCCGUCUUCUCCCUCGCUGCCCCCUUCAUCCAGUCCUGCCCCGAGGGCUCCAACCUCAUCCUCACUGCCUUCCCCACCCUCGCCCUCGCCAGCCCCCAGGCCGCCGAGGUGAAGACCCUCGUCGCCGGCAGCAUGCUCAACUUCCAGAGCGACGCCGCCGCCGGUGCCACCUUCUGCGGCUUCACCAACUCUGGCGCGGCCGGCGGCACCUCCUUCACCCCGUUCACUGCCGGCACCGGCUGCGCGCUUCCCCCCAACUUGUCCGGCCUCGUGUACGUGUCGCUCACCAACGCCGCGCCCAAGACUGGUGUCAUCACCGAUGCCAUUACGAUGGCUGGUCCUACUGUUCUCCAGCUGUCUUAAGCGGGAGAACCUGGGAGGGGUGUCUUUGAGUUCAAGUUACGAAUAGCGUGUAUGUGUGUGUAAUGCAUGUGAGAAGGGGUUCAAUGGGUCUUCGAUUCUUUUUGUACUAGGAGAGGAGGGUGUCCCCUGACAGUGGAAGGAAGGGGGAGCCAAAAGAAGGAAGCAGCGAUUUUUUAUACCCUGGUGUUAUUUUUUUUUUUAGUCCUUUCGGAAAGACAAAAUAA